AUGGCCUCUAAAGUAGCUGUUGUGUUGCUGCUGAUUUACCUGUCAGGAUCUACAUUUGGGAUCAAGCUGACUGGAAAUGGAUACACUGACAUUCUGAUUGCUAUUAACCCUAAGGUGCCUGAGGACCCAGUGCUCAUCACACAAAUCCAGGAAAUGAUUAAAGAAGCCUCCAGAAAUCUACUCGAUGCAACAAAGAAACAUUUAUAUUUCAAGGAAGUCGCAAUAUUAGUGCCACCUAAUUGGAAUAAAGGAAAUUACUCCAGAGCAAAGACGGAGGUCUACGAUAAGGCCAAUAUAAUAAUUGAUGAGCCAAAUAAAUUACAUGGAGAUCAGCCUUACACUCUGCAGUAUGGUGAAUGUGGAUCUGAGGGCCGGUACAUUCAUUUGACUCCUGACUUCAUGCUGAAGGAUGAUGUCUCUAAAUACUAUGGACCCAGAGGUAAGGUUUUUGUCCAUGAAUGGGCACAUCUAAGAUGGGGAGUUUUUGAUGAAUAUAAUGAAGAAAAACCAUUCUACCUGUCAGGUUCCAUAAUCGAGGCAACAAGAUGUACCAUAAACAUUACAGGAAAGUACAUCCACAAACGUGACCAAAAGGACUGCACCACUGACCCUGUUACUGGGUUAUACACCGAAGACUGUGUAUUCUAUCCUGACACGCAACAGACAACCUCUGCAUCAAUCAUGUACAAUCAAGGCCUUAGUGCUGUAAAAGAGUUCUGUACAAAAGAAACUCACAACACUGAGGCUCCAAACAUCCAGAACAGACUGUGUGGUAACAGAGGUGUAGAGGAAGUUAUCACCUCACUUUCUGUAGAUGCCGGUGUGGCAGUUGUGCCAACACCACCAAGUAUACUACCCACAUUCACUGUGGGGCAGCGACGGCAAAGGGUUGUCUGUCUUGUCCUUGAUGUUUCAGGAAGCAUGUCUGCAGGUUCUAGAAUGUUGAACCUGAGACAAGCGGCAACACUCUUCAUACAGAAGAUUGUUGAAGACCAAGCUUAUGUUGGCAUUGUACAAUUUACAGCUACGGCUACAAUUCGUGAACCAUUGACUUUGAUUGAUGGUAAAGCAUCGAGAGAUAAGCUUGUACGCAGUCUGCCACUAUCAGCUGGUGGAGGCACAGACAUUUGUGCAGGUGUUGAGAAAGGUCUGGAGGUACUUGGAGGAGAUGGAGAUGGUGCAAGAGGAGAUGAAAUCAUAUUAUUAACUGAUGGGGAAUCAAGUAUCAACUGUCAAAAACGUGUUAAAGAAAGUGGUGCAACUGUGCACACAAUAACUCUUGGGCCAAAUGCAAACAUAGGAGUAAAAGAAUUGUCAGACAUAUCAGGUGGUAAAUAUCACAAUGCUGCUGAUGGUGUGGAUUCCAAUGAUCUUGUGGAUAUUUUUGCUUCACACACAACAUCUGAUGGAAAUCUGACCAAGCAGACAAUCCAGCUUGAGAGCACUGGAUUGAAUAUGAUUGGUUGGUUUAAUGGAUCUGUAUCCAUUGACAGGACAAUUGGAAACAAGACAAGCUUUUUAGUUAUCUAUGAAAGAAGUUCACCUGACAUCCUUGUUUUAAGCCCCUUUACACGGACCUAUGACACAUCACAUUUCCAACAUGAUGCUCCUGCUAAGACUUUAACGCUCGAUAUUGAAGGAACUGCUGAGACUGGAAAGUGGAAAUACAGUCUACUAAAUAAACAGUCAACCGCCCAAUCUAUGUCAAUGACUGUGACAAGUCAUGCUGUCAGCGAAGCUAUAUCACCAGUCAUGGUCAAAACCCACAUGAGCCAACUGUCCAGCAACGGCAGCAAACCCAUGUUGGUGUAUGCAGAGGUCAACCAGAAAGGUGUUCCAGUGAUUCUGGCAGAUGUGAUGGCCACACUAACGUCUGAUAAGGGAGUCAAGCAUGAGCUGAAACUGCAAGAUAAUGGAGCAGGUGCUGAUGCUUUCAGAAAUGAUGGCAUCUAUUCCAGUUACUUCACUAAACUAACAACAGGAAAAUACAGCUUGAAAGUGAAAGUACAUAACAAUGAUGGCAUGGCCAGAUUCUCCCUCAGGAGACACAGUGGAGCACUUUACAUACCUGGAUAUGUGGUUAAUGGGCAAGUAGUGAUGAAUCCCCCAAAGCCCCCAGUCAGUGAGGAUGACCUGCAGGCUGAUGUGGGCAGCUUCAGCAGGACAGCCAUAGGAGAGAGCUUCUCAGUCAGUCUCCCACCUGGUGUCCCCCCUCCAAAUUUCCCCCCUAACAAAAUCACAGACCUGAAUGCAGAGAUAGAGGCAGACAAAGUGCUGCUCACCUGGACUGCACCUGGGGAAGACAUGGACCAAGGCACAGCAACGGCCUAUGAGAUCCGUUUUAGUGAAGAUUCGGACCUACUCAGAUCGAACUUCAGUACCGCUCAUCUUGUCACAUACAACCUCUCACCAAAGAAGGCAGGCUCCCCAGAGAAGGUCUCUUUCACUCUCUUCUCAGUCAUCAAAAAUGGCACCACUCUGUUCUUUGCAGCAAAAGCAGAAGACAAAUCUUUCCUGAAAUCUGAAACAUCCAACAUUAUUCAAGUGACCAAGAUUGUUCCCAAAGCUCCUGUUCCUUCUCCAACUGAUGCUCCUGGGGGGCCUGAUACAUCAGGCAGUGGAGUGAACAUUACUGCUAUAGUCAUAUCAGUCACCACAGUAACCAUGGUGGCUUGUCUGAUUGCUAGUGUGACAAUGUGUUCAAUUAAAUCAAGGAGAGUUAAUCAUGCUUAA